UGACUUUGAAGGUGUCGUCUGCUAAGAGGCGCGCAGACGACGACAGUGUAGCGCCGGUGUCUGGCGCACAGGUUGCAGUAAGAGUGGGCCGAAAGUGCGACCGUGUAGUUAAUGCUCGAGUGAAUUGUUAUUACUGGAAUAUGUGUGCUAGACUAAUGUGUACACGCUAGUAGAUCUAGUCUAGUCUAUCCCUGUAUCAGUGUGUUUAUCAGAUUCUAAAUCUAUUUGGAUUUCAAAUAGAAAGAAGCUUACGUUUCACCAGACUCGUUAGAUCUAGAUCUAUAGAGUCUAGAUUAUCAUUAUAUAGAAUCUAGACCUAGCUCAAUCCUACUGUAGAUUAGAUUAGAGUUAGUGAUUAGUAGAUCUAGUCUAGUUCUAGACCUAUAGACAUAUAGAUCUAAUAGAUUCUAAACUCGAAUAGAUUACAGAUUUCUAGAUCUAGACUCAGUAGACUUGAGACGUUGAGUAGAUCUAAUUUAGUUGAUCUAGAAUCUAGGUCUAGUUAAAAUUAUCUAGGAUUCUAGGGAUAUCGAUUAUCGCUAUAUAGAUCUAUUAUAGAUCUAUAAUCUAGAUAGAUCUAGAUCUACUAGAUCUAGAUAGAAUAAAAAUAAACUAGAUCUAGAUCUGGAUCUUUAAUUCUAAAUUGGAAUUCCGUUCUUCAGUGGCAGGUGCUUCCCAUUCUCAAGGUUUAUAGACAGAUUUGAAGGAACACAUUUGUUUUGAAGGUGUAAACACCCCGAGGUUAUGGCCCACACGCUUGAGUCUCUCCUUGGUGAGACGGUGACCAGGUCUUCCGGUCAACCAGUGUCUGUCAGGUCACUGUGCGGGAAGGAGAGAGUGCUAGGACUGUACUUCUCGGCUAACUGGUCACCCCCAUGUCGCAUGUUUACUCCAACCUUGAGCAGCUUUUACCAGUCGCUGAAAGACGGCUCGUCUGCUUGCAAAGAAGUUUUGGAGAUCGUACAGAUAAGUUGGGAUAAGGACUUGGAAGGCUACACAGAGUCCACUCAAUCUAUACCCUGGCUGAGUCUACCGUUCAACCAGAGAGACAGACAGAGAAAAUUAAGCCGUAAAUUCGGAGUGCAUGGCAUCCCUCGGCUGGUCCUCCUGGACGCUGAGACGGGAAGGGUGAUAACUCGUGACGGGUUUGACAAGCUCUCUGAGGACACCACCGGGUCAGGCUUCCCGUGGCGCCGGAAGUCACUCCACGACGUCAUUAAAGGCACCCUGCUCCAGUCAGUGGACGGCUCGGACGUAGCAGAGGAAGUGGACGCCACUUCCGCCCUGGAGGGUCAGAAACUUAUUGGAUUUUACUUUUCCGCACACUGGUGUCUGCCUUGUCGGUACUUUGAUCCAGAACUAAUCCGUGCCUACCAGCUCCUUCGAGCUCGAGGUGAGCGCUUCCAGAUUGUGUUUGUCUCAGCUGACCGCUCAGAGGAGGCCUUUCAGCGCCAUGUGGCUGGCAUGCCCUGGUUGACCAUUCCCUAUGAGGAUCCAAGAAAUCAAGCUGUGAAGAAAUAUCUUGGGGUUGAUGGUAUUCCCAUGCUAGUGAUUGUGGAUGACAAGGGUAACAUGAUUACAAUGAAUGGCAGACAAGCUUUAACUGAAGACCCUCAAUGUAAGGAGUUUCCAUGGCAUCCCAGACCUAUUGAAGAACUAACUCCUUUGUCAUCCUUACAUUUGAAUGAGAAUAUGUGUGUCAUUUAUUUUACAGAUGGUACAGAAGCUGGGCUUAAACAAGGGAGACUAGUUCUCACUGAAGCUGCUACCAAAGAAGCUGAGAAAGGGGAGGAAAGAGAUCUAUUCUUCUUUCUAGCAGGAGAGGAUGAAUUCUCAGAUAAUGUUCGUGAUUUUGCUGACCUGGAUGACACAUGUCCACUUCUAGUCAUCUUGGACAGCCCUGAGCAAAAUGUCUAUGUCUGCAAUGAGGUCAAGGUCACAUCUAAGACAGCCUCGGAUUUCAUUGACAAGUUCCUGCGAGGGGAGCUUACCCCCACUCCAAUCCCUCCGCUCUGUGCCGAGGGAGAUGGGAAUGAAGCCGGCACUGUUUCUUAGUGCACUGUUUUACUCCCUGAGAACUAGAUCUAUAGGAUCACUCUGAACACAGUGAUACUUGUUUUUGUUUUGUUGUUUUCUUGCCAGUGAAUCUUUUGUUAAUAAGACAAGCUGAAUGUUUCAUUCAGAAGUGUAUAAUGUUGAAAUGAGAAGUUAUACAUUGGUCAUUCAUAAUGAAUGGAUAUGGUAAAUAAUUAUUGGUAAUGAAACCAAUUUGUAAUUGAAUCACUAACAAGGUCUGAAAUCAUUGUAAUGCUGAUUGUCCAGUUUAAUUUUGUAUGACAGGUUAGUUUAGAAUUAUUACAAAAUACUACACAUAGAAACAAAAAAUAAAAAACAUAAUCUUGGCAACUGUUUUUUUAAUCUUAAAAGUGCUGUUUCUUGUUUAACAUUGUAAAAAUAAUCCCUGGGCAGAAAAAUAAUCUAGGGGAAACAAUGCACUUAGCAUGGAAAGUAAAGCCUUUAAAUGUAUCUAAAUCAAUAGAAUAUUUAGAAGAAAUGUCAAUGCCAAUGAUUGUCCAUUAAGAAUGAAGAAAUAAAUUAGUUUUAUAAAAAUAAAGUAAACAAAUCAAAAUCUUAAUUUCCUGCUGGUUAUUAAAGACAAUAUACAAAAUAAGUAUUUCUUCUGUCUACUAGUAUAUGUAUCAAUUGAAACAAUUUGUUUUCUUACAAAAAUCAUGGCAACCCAAAAACAAUUGUUUUCAAAAGUAUUAUGUCUAUUGUGUAAAUAUUGGUCAUAUUUCCUGUGCCAAGUAUUCAAAUGAAGCUUUGCUGUUCAUUAGCAUAUGUAUGCUCAUAAUUACAUCUCAAAUAAUAAUACGCUUUUCUAAUUCCAUGUCAGUUUAAAUGUCUUUUCUCUGUCUGAUUAUUCAUUAAUAUUGUUGCAAUAAAUUCUUUGUGAUUAUUUAAAUUAUAUGUAUGACAAUAUUUAAUUGAACAUAUUAUUGUUUAAUUUAAAAUGAAUGAUAAGAUACUAGCACUGGCCUAUAUGAAAGAAUAUACUACUGCAAUAGUUAAGUGUUAAAUUAUGGCUCGUUCAUCCUGAUUGGUGCAUUUUCAUUUUUUACUGUGUAAUAUAAUAAUAAUUAGGAGUUGUUGCGGUGAAUCUCUGAUUGCCAUGUAUGCCAUGCAUACAUAAUGAUGCCAAUUUCUAUAUCACUAUGCUGGUUUCAUUAAUAUGUCUUGAGAAUUUAAAUCAUGUAUUGUUACAUGAGCAUAUAGAGCUUACAGGUCACUGUGAAUAAAAGUUAAUUGUUUCCUUCACUUUUUAAGAAAUAAAUUGAUCAAAGAAAAAAAAUAUGUGGAUAUUUAUUGAAAACAUGUUUUUCUGCCAAUGAAGAUAGUUAUAGUGGAUUGUUUUUAAUUUUUAAAACAGAUCAUCCAUUGGACAUAAUUAGCUAAUCAGUUUUUUGCAUUAACCUGAAAUUUUUAACAAAAAUAUUUUUGUCUGGUGUUACAUAAGUAUUUUAGUUUAAAUAACAAAAUGCUAAAAAAAAAAAGAAUCUUUAUAUUAAGUUUUAAGUUAUUCUUUUCCUAAUGGUCGAUUAACAUAAUUUUUUUGGCCAUUUUUAAAAAGAUCUACAUGAACAGUAUUACAAAUGUCAAUUUAGUCCAUAAACUUUUACUCCCACCAUAACAACCAGGACUGAAAAUCAGUUCAAAGUAUGUUUGUUUUACUCAAAAGUUUUAGACAUAUGUAUGAAUUCUGUCUGGAUUUUUAAUACUAUUGAUAUCUCUUUGCGAAAAUAAAAUAACCAAUUUGUUGAUCAUGUGCUGACUGCAAAAUAUUCUAAACAGAAAAAAAAAAUCAACAGCAUUUGUAUAUGUGAAGUGUCAACUCUCUAUUUUGAUGAUAGAUUCAUAUGUAUUGGAAUAGGAGACUUUUUUUUUUGUAAAUUUGGUCACUAAAACAUCAUAGGUAUUUGGUAGUUUCAACUUUAGAGACUUAGUGACAGUUUGUUGUGAUUGUCAAUUUGAUGUAUUCAUUAAUGAAAAUGUAAUGUUAAUUUUUCUUUUUGUAAAUAAUUUAUUGUUUGUUUUUAUCUUCAUAUGCAAUCAACUGUAAAAAUCAAAAUUGGAUUUGUAUGUUUUAUACACAAUCAAAAGUUUAAUAAGUUGUUGUUGUUUAUUAUUAUUAUUGCUUAACAUUUUAGAAUUCAUUGUGUUAUAAUUUAGUGCAUCUAUGACUGCAAUUUAGUAGCUACCAUACACAAUCUUUUCAAUGGAAAUAUUGCUACCUGGACUCUCAAACUGCAUUACAUACAUUUGCUACAUUAAUAUUAUUAGUGAAAGUAAAUGUGAUUGGUCAUUGCAUGGGCCAUUUGAUACCUUAAAGAUGGAAACAGGUAAAAUUUACAUCAUCUGCCUCUUCGAUCACCACCCCUCCGAAAAAAGUUUCCCACACUAGAUGUAGGCAAUAGUAUAGUGUCUUUAUAAUAGGUUAAUAUUACUGUAGUAUUGUUUUAAAGAGUUAAGAAUACAAUUUUGUUUCAUUUAUUACUAUUAUUGUACUAUCUGGACAUUUCUGUUUUUUUUUUUUUUUUGUUGUUUUUUAAUAGUUAAAAUUAAUAUAAUGAAAAAGAAAUUGACACAUUGUUCAGUAUAAUGUUUCUUGGUGUAAUUUCUGAAUUAAUCAAAUAAAUAUUUUUGUUUCUUUGCAAAAACAAAAUU